AAGGAAACCUGGAAGAAGGUGGGUGGGUGAACAUUUGGACUGCUGCUGCGCUACUACUACGGUGUCCAAGGUCCGUCGGUCACAUUGUUGGGCCGCAAGAUGUCCUGAAUAAAUCCGCCCUGUGUGCCGCCAACCUUCGCCACCAAAGCUCCGCGAUCUGACCCCCCCCCCCUUCGCAACCACCACGAUGCUCGAGAAGCAACUGCAGGCGAGCCUGGACAGGCGGCAGCAGAGGGGCACCCUGCGAAGGCUCACGACUUUCCAGACGCGAGGCCCGACCGCACUGUCCGACUUUUCGUCGAAUGACUACUUGAGCCUCGCUCGGCAUGUGGGCGUGCGAGGGGCAUUCACCAAGCGCAUGGAGAGCCUCGAUGAACCAUUGCUUGGCAGCACAGGAAGCCGGCUUCUGGACGGCAAUUCUCCAGAACACGAAGGGCUCGAGCGGAGGCUGGCCGCCCACAUGGGUGCAUCGACGGCGUUGCUCUUCAACUCGGGCUACGAUGCCAACAGCUCGCUCCUUGCCGUGCUGCCUCAGCCCGACGACUGGAUCAUCUACGACGAGCUCGUCCACGCUAGCGUCCACGACGGCAUGCGAGCGAGCCGCACCAGAAAAGAGAGGCGCAUCUCGCUGCCCCACAACGACAUGGACCACCUUCGCCACCUCCUUGCGAGCGGGGCCAUCAGCAUCGAGUCCGAGGACGUCAACGUCUUCGUGGCCGUCGAGUCCGUUUACUCGAUGGACGGUGACCUCUGCCCGCUGCAGGACCUCGUCGACGUCGUCGAUGCGCACUUGAAUCGUUCGCAGAGAUGCGUCAUUGUGGAUGAGGCCCAUGGCGUGGGCAUGUACGGCCGUCAGGGCGCUGGGCUCUGCAACGAGCUGGACAUCUCGCAGCGUAUUGAUGUGCGGCUGGCGACUUUCGGCAAGGCCAUCGGGACUUCCGGAGCGGCCGUUCUUUGCUCGCACAUCGUGCGCCAAUUCCUUAUCAACUAUGCACGCCCGCUCGUCUUCUCCACUGCUCUGCCCUAUCCCAUUUUACAUGCUGUGCAUGCCGCCCUCGACAUUCUAGAAGUACCGCGGAGCAGAGAGGAGCUCGUCGACAGGACGUUUGACAACACUCAGCGCCUCCUCAACGGCUUCGAGGCUCUCGCUGCGCAGCGUGAUUCGACCUACCAUGUGCAGCUUCCUGUCGACAUUGUCAAUGCGCAAGCGGUUCGACGCAGAGCAACCAACCAUGUGCCGCGUCCUUCGCCCAUUGUGCCCCUGCUGACGCCCCGCGCAAGGGAGCUGGCGGCCCACCUCGUCGAGCAUGGCUUUCUCGUCCGUCCAAUCUGUUACCCAACGGUGCCAAAAGGCAAGGAGCGCGUCCGCAUCUGCGUCCACGCCCACAAUUCAGCCGCGGAGGUCCAAGGGCUGGUCGAUUGCGUGGCGAAAUGGCUCUGGCUCGCUUCUCCGACCACGGAACAACCUCGGUCUUUGCCUCGACAAAGUGAGCACUCUUCGAUGGCCGCUGCCUCUGCUUCGCCGCUCCGCACCAAGCUGUAGAGUAAAGAUGAGAGGAGAGUGGAAAUCCUCGUCUUGACUAAGUCGUGAUUUAGCAUCACCACCAUGUACAACAAUACAUUAAGGCUCGAUCAUCCCUCCUCUUCACCCCAACUUCUCAUGAGAAGGGAUCUUAAAGUACAAAUAACCACUACUAUAGCACACUCGAAAUCAGAAACACAUCUAAUAGCAAACUACUGUUCCCCUUGCCCUGCCUCUGGCUCAUCU